ACAGCUGUGACUAAACCCCCAGGGCCUCUAUCAAAGCCCGAAACGCCGUCGUUGAGUGUCUAGAGUCUGUUGAAUCAUGAAGUUCCGGUACGCCAUGGUGUGCUCCUCCAACCAGAACCGGAGCAUGGAGGCUCACGCGCUCCUCAAGCGUCAAGGCUUCGACGUCUCGUCGUACGGCACUGGAUCCCACGUUAAGCUCCCUGGACCUUCCCUCAGAGAACCCAACGUCUACGAGUUUGGAACUCCUUAUAAGCAGAUGCUUGACGAGCUGAGGCGAAAAGACCCUGAAUUGUACAAGCGGAAUGGCAUUUUGCCUAUGCUCAAGAGAAACGUGGCAGUUAAACUGGCACCUCAGCGGUGGCAAGACAAUGCCGCUGAUGGUUCCUUUGACGUGGUGAUUACUUUUGAAGAAAAGGUUUUUGAUAUGGUGGUUGAAGAUCUUCACAAUCGGGACCAAGUGCUUAAGAAGUGUGUACUGAUAAUCAACUUGGAAGUAAAAGAUAACCACGAGGAAGCAGCUGCGGGAGCUCGUCUUGCUUUAGAUCUUUGCCAAGAGCUUGAUGCGACUGAGUCAUGGGAGGAUUCAAUUGACGACAUUCUGAAUGGUUUUGAGAAACAACAUCGGCGGAAGUUACUGUAUAGCAUCUCAUAUUACUGAAUCUGUUAUGUCAGAAACAAAAAGUUCAAGAACCAAUUUAACCACUAAUUGCUCUCCCUAUUUUAACAUUCUUGCAUAAAGACUCCAAUUUCAAUACAAAUCUACCAUCAAUUUUGCUUGUAGU